GCAGCGCUGGCCGCGCAGGAUGUGUGUGAUACAGACACACACCUUCCACUGAAAAAACACACCUGCCGCACUGGGAGGAAAAACACAACGCAUCUCAUCUUAAACGUUCCAAGGCUUUGACCUCUGACCGAAAGUCUGAAGGUAACAGCACAGUAUGAUGGGACUCGGUGGUUGAAGUGAACUCAUCAGAGUCAAGAGUUGGCAGCAUUGUGAAAUAUAAGUUCUAUAUUCUUUGUGAAAUCAACAACAAACUCCUCAUGCAUUCUCCUUGAAAUUACCUUGUAAUGACAUCAAGACAUCACACUGUAUUUUAGCAAGGAGGCUGACCUGAUUUGCGAAGUAUUUGUUCAGUGGCCCUCCAGGACUGUGUCAAUGCUAAAGUGAUGCUUAUCAUGGCUAAUGUGACAUCUGCCGUGGAAGAGUUGGCAGGUGACCAUACCAGACCUGCAGUAAGUCCAAUGGAUUUCGCAGAACCUUCUGCAAAAUCCACAAAUGUCCCAAGCCAUGGAGGUGACAGCUUUGUCAGUCCACCAGAGGGACCCCCACCACCACCUCCACCUCCUCUACCGCUGGGCCAUCCCGGUCAAACGCACGCUUCACGGAAGAAACGGCGGGUACGGAGUUUCUUCUGGAAAACCAUUCCAGAAGAGAAGGUGCGGGGAAAACCUAAUAUUUGGACUAUGGCAGUGAGACAGCAGCAGUAUCAAAUUGACGUGAAGACGGUUGAGGAGCUCUUUGGCCAGCAGGAGCAUGUUCGAACCAAUACGGGCAGUGGACACCCUUGUGCUAGGAGAUCCAGAGGCUCGUUUAAAGAGACCAAGGGUGAGAUCAGCAUCCUGGAUUCCAAGAGAGGAAUGAACAUUGGAAUUUUCCUCAAACAGUUCAAAAAGUCCAAUCAUGCAAUAGUAGAAGAUAUCCGUCUGGGCAACAGUAAACAGUAUGGGGCUGAACCACUGAAAGAACUACUCAAACUACUACCUGAGUCAGAGGAGAUCAAGAGAUUGAGAGAAUUCAAAGGAGAUCCCAAUAAUCUGACACUGGUCGAUUCCUUCAUGUUCCUGUUGAUUCAAGUACCAAGCUUCGAGGUGAAUAUUGAGGCUAUGGUACUCCAGGAAGAGUUCCAUCCAUCUUGUGCGUCCAUGUGUCGUGAGAUUAACAUUGUGCGUCAGGCUACCGAAGAACUAAUGACUUGUGAAGAGCUCCAUGCCAUUCUACAUUUGGUUCUCCAAGCUGGAAACAUCAUGAAUGCUGGUGGCUAUGCAGGCAAUGCUGUGGGCUUCAAACUGUCUUCCCUGCUUUCUCUGGCAGACAACAAGGCAAACAGACCUGGCAUGAACCUGCUCCAUUUUGUGGCACUGGAAGCACAAAAAAAAGACGAGGCCCUUUUAAAGUUUCCAGAGAAACUAACAUGUGUCCAGAGUGCAGCUAGAAUAUCAGUAGAAAACAUUGAGGCAGAGUUUUCUUCUCUUUAUGUGAAAACACGUUCUUUGGAGCAGAAAAUCCAGGAGAACAAUGAGCUGCAAAAGCAGCUAGAUCCAUUUUUGCAGAGCGCUACACAAGCCCUGCAGGACCUUAAACGCACCAGACUAGACUUGCGCAAGGAAGGCAAUGCUCUCAUUGACUUUUUCUGUGAAGACAAAGACACCUUUAUAUUGGAUGAGUGCUUUAGAAUCUUCCAAGACUUUUGUCUAAAGUUCAAAAAAGCAGUCAAGGACAAUCUGGACAGAGAAUUAAAAGAUGAAACCAGACGGCGACGUUUACGGGAACUGGAGGAGAGACGGUCUGCCUGGGCUGGAAAUGAGAAAGGUGAUAAUGAAGGUUUUGGUCGGAGUAGUAGUGAAAAUGAUGUUGACAUCCUAACAAAACAAGGUCUUUUGGACUUCUUGGUACAUUCAAGACCUCAAAGCCCCCACAGUCCUUUAGGGCGCUCGGCUAGUGCUCGUCGCUAUCAUCACACGGUUGGUGACCGUGGCUAUGUGGAGCUUGUCUCUGUGCCUUCAGCUACUGAGUACAACAAAUUUAGCAGCCUUCCACGUUCAAGCAGGAACCAUAAAAGAAAGACAAUGCCCUGGCUUUUUUUACAGGAUAAUAAUAGGGAGCUGAACCCACAAAGUCAAGCUUAUCAAGAGAUGGACACAACUUCAACAAAGGCUGAAACAGAACCGAUCAGUCCUUUAGCUAGAUACUCAACUUCUGGCCACAACAUGAACAAUGAUCCCUACAAUAAUAAUUAUUACGCUUCUCUCUCAGAAGGUGGAGUUACCCCUCAAUUAAGUAACUCAAAGAAUGUUUUUCAGAAGACAUCUGGACAAGGUGUUGGACACAUGAGUGUUUGCGUAGAGAAACACACACUAGUUCCUGGCCUACAGCCCUUUGAAAUAGCAGGCCAGAUCAAUAACAACAGUCAUUUUACUUUAGACAACCCGUGUGAAGUUGUAGUGACAGAUCUGGAAAGAGAUGAAAACUAUUCCAAACUAUUUGUUCUUGAUACCCCUCCAUAUAGUAGAAGUUCUGAGGAGGCACCCAAGCCUGAAAAACUAUGUAACAAUAUGUCCCAGGAGGAGGAAGUGGAUACAAGCACCUUUUCCUCAACAACGUGUGAAACACCAUUGCCCCUCGAUCCAUCUGCUUCCAAUAAGAAACCUGUGUUAAAUGUCAUGGACUGCACUGAAACUGACUGUUCUGUUGUGUUGGACUGUUCUGAGAUUGAGAGUUUUCCCAUUAUUAACGAAGUAUCUGGACCUAAAUCAAAGCCACAGGAUGGCAACUUUUCAAGAAUCCCUCAGGAUGCAAAUUCUCUUUCCUCCAAUUUGGAGUCCAUCAAUGGUCACUCUGUCUCCGCAUUAAGUGAUGAAUAUCUUGCAGAAAACGUUGACAAAGAGGGUCCAGAACCAGUCAGUACAUCUGUAACUACUGAAGAACCAGAGACGGACAGCUGUGACAUAGCUGAGGGGCGGAAAGAUGAGAAGGCAGUCCUAACCUGUAAACCCAAAGGGACCAGUCAUGUCAAAACAAAGACUUUGUCCAAACCAGGGUCUACUCAUGCCAGCCAUCCCACAAGAACCCUCACAGCAACUGAGACGCAAAACAUGCGUAAAGUGGUGCCCAUUACGAGGCAGAAUCGAUCUGGUAGUAACUUGAGGAGGGUGGAAAAACGCCCUGGACAUGAAAGUGCUGAACCCAGGCGUCCAAUUCGUGACCAAAGCAUGCCAGCUAGGAGAGGUGAGAGACAAAGCAGACCAGUUCGACAUUCCAGUCUCCCUCCAGAGAAUCCCAGGGCGCAAAGAGGAACACUGGCAAGCAACACCAACCCUCGCUGGACAAAAGAGUCAACUCAACGCACACCCUCCCACAAGAAAUCAAAUCCCAAACCUAUUCGUAACAUCUCAAAACCAGCACCAGAAGAAAAGAUGUGUCGUUCAACAAUGCGAGCCUUGGCUCUAGCUCAGGCCCAAGAAACUGUGGAAGAGGUUAAAAGUGAAACUUCAAACAACACCCCCAAAGGUCCUUUGCCCAGUUUUGCUCGCAACACAGUAGCAUCCUCUUCCAGAUUUAAAAAAGACUCCCCCGCACCACCUGCUGCAGGAACACCAUCAAAGAGCUCCACCUCAUCAAGAACUAGCUCUCAGAGAUUGGCUUCUGUUGCUAGAACGGAUUCGGUCAGUAGCGGACCUUUGCCAAGGGGUGAGGACAAACUAGGGGGAUCUAUAAGGAGGGUUCAGAGCGUCAGGGCUUCCAGUCGAAGCACUCAAGGAAGUGAAACAACACCUCUACAGUCCGGACGAGAUCAUUCCUUUAAAAGUAGCAGUUUUUCAGAGAGAUCCACACAGAAUAGAGACUCUGUUUCUGUAUGCAGGACCAAUAAACCAACAUGGAAGUAGAGUGGACAUAUAACAUACUAGGUAUAAAAACAAUGUUGAACAUUGCAAAAGAAAUGUUAUUUCUGCAAGUGCACCAGAGUUACUAAAGAGGCACUUGUUGUCUCAUAUUGUCCUGAAUGUAUCUACAGCCUUUAGAAUGUAGCUGAAAUAGAUGCUCUGCAAACGUUUUAAAAGUUAUGUAAGCUACUGUCACCAUUUGACAGCAUAUGUUAGAAGCACUUUCACAUCCAUACACGGAUGGUUCUGAUGGCCUUCGUGUACUUUACACAUCAUCAACUGUCGUGAAAUCACAAAUAGAACACGUCUAUCACAAAUUAUACUUAGAUUAUAUUUUUAGUAGUUAAACUUGUGAGCUGUUCUGUUUAUCUUAUUAUUAUAUUUAGUAAAAGCAAUGCAAGUAGUACUGUUUACUAAGAUAAUAUUUUCCUUAAAACAAAUGAAGGAAACAGAUGUUCCACUUGAAGAUUUACCACCAAAUUGUUUUCUGUGCAUGACAAAUCAAGCUGAAGUGCUAAAUGUCUAUGAAUGUUUUCCAAAUACAUUUUAGCAUAGCUGAUGCAAUAGAAGUUGAGAACAACACCUUACAGUUUAAAGCCUCUUCAGAAAAUAUCUUGGUUCCAAAAUAUAUUAUGUGUCUCUAAAACCAGUGCAUCUACAGUAUAUAAGAGAAAUCAUUUGGUACGUGUUAUGGGGGCACACUGUAAUUUUUUUUACAGAAUUUAGUUUUUUACAGAUUUUCCUCAUAUAAUGACAAAAACCUGUCAUUUUACGUAAUUUUUAACGAGAUUACAUGUAUCAAAGUUUGAUUUCAAGCCCUAUGAUUUUAUUGUCUGACAUGGCAUUACUCAGAUUUAUGUGGAGAACUGUCAAUCUCAAAAAAUACCUUAAUUGGGUUUUUUACAUGCAAGGUCACAUAUGUACACAAUAGGUACAUUGAACAUAAGUAAAGCCACCUAAUAUAAAGUGGCUGCAGAGUCGCUUUCGGAUUUCAUUUUACCAUAAACUGCUGUACAAUCUUGCUGGUUUUGGCACUGUAUAUGUGACGGUUUUGCAAAUAUACUGCUAUUUAUUUGUAAAGCCAUGCUGUUAACCAGGAGUGGCAAAAUAUUGUGCUAGAGGGGAGACUAUAGAAUAUUGUGAACAUUGUCUUUGUGUUGUCUAAACAUUUGAGAAAGCACAUACACUGUAUGCAAUGUUCUCACAGUAUGUGUCUGAGGAAGUAAAGGAUGUUUACAUACAAUAGUAGCUGUGUUCUUAAAAACUAAGAAAUCAGUGUUAGAAUAAGUCUUAUUAGGAAAGAGUGGAAAAUGCUGUGUGCACUAUACUGUCAAUGUGCAGGGUACUGUAUGUGACUACUGCUGUUAUGCCCUUGACCAAGGGCAUAGCUUCACAACCAUCAGCUUGCCACACAGCAAAGCUAUCUAUUUUUCUUAGCUUUCUACUUCUUUGUGUCUAUAAUGAAGCGAUUGUGUAAAACAGCUAUAUUUAAUUGUAAUAAUAAGUCAACACUCAUAGAAUGCUGUCAGCAUGUUUUUUUAUUUUGUUGCCAUGUAUAAUGCGCUAAUUAAAUGUAGUUCUAUUUAAUUAGUUCACACUAAUACAACACAAAAGGCCUAAAAUCAUCCUACCUCUAGAAUCAUAUUUGCCACCGCUGGUUCUGAUAUUCUGAUGGUUCACUCUAUAUCAUUUAUCAAGUGAAUCAAUGGCUUUUCUGCAGGUGUACCUCAGUUACAUUGUACAAUGCCUUUUUCUUGGUUGAGAAGUUGAUGUACUUUAUUGACAUUUGUAUUUAGUACUGAUUGGUUAACAUGCUUUAGAAUGCAUCCAUGGCAAUAUGGGGAAAUCUUGCACAAUGGAAUCCUUACUCCAGCUGUAGAUAGCAGUUUAACCAUAUAAACAAGAAAAACACUACAAUAGUCAAGGUUGUUGAUUUAAAUAACUUUGAGUGACUUUAAAAAUGAAAAUGAAGUUGCAUUUGUCCAGUCAGAUCAUUUUGAAUAUACAGUAUGUCGAUGUGUUAGUGCUGGAAUGUUACUUUGGAGACUUUUUCUCUGUGAUUGUAUUAUCACAAUCAAUAUAAGCUUAUCAAUAAAAUCUAUGUGAAAAAUAUUUUAUCUAUUAAGAUUUCAUGCACGUUUUUUUUUAAUCGGCCAAAUGACUAAAAUACAAAAAAAAUUCUGUUGGUUGCAUAAUAGAAUUUAAACCAUUACAUCUAUGAGAUACCUUUACUAUUAGGCCACAGCUUCAAAGUUCUGUGUGUGUUGUCCUGGUAAACCAAAAGAUUGGAAUUUAUUUAUGUCAUGUUUGAUGGUUAGGUUUAAAAAGUAUUAUUACAAUCAAUGGAAGUCAAGGGAAUGUCCUGACUAGAACAGUAGCCUGUGUAGUUAAACAAACAAGUGUGUGUGGUUGUGUGUCUGUGCUUGUGUGAUGCAAAUUAAGUUUAGUCAGACAAACACAAAGAGAGAAUCUAUAAAUCAUAUAACCCACACAAAUGCUAAUAGUAGAAAACAUGUGAUCAAUGCUAUUGCCUUCUUUUCAUUUGGUACAUUUAGUUCAAUAUGACAUGAAGUGGUCAACUUACCACCUUAACUGAGGGCGAACAGAUAUCUUUUCACACUGAUCUUGGAACAGCACACUGAUCAAAGUUACUGCCCAAACUUUGUUUUUAUUUCCUCUACUACAAUGCCACCUGCUGUUCAUUCUUUAGAGUAACAUGAGGUUUGUCGAUGUGAGGGCCUAUCCCACUGACUGACUUUUAUGGUGGUCUGUUAGCUGUUAGGUUGUCAUAGCAAUGCUUUUCAAGAAGAGAACAAUUUCACUCAGAGCUCU